CACGUUGACGCCAUCGGCUCUUCGGGGUUAGAUUAAUAAUUAGGCAAUUGGUCUUGCUCGAUAUCUCAUUCGAUAUUCCUACGUAAAUUAUAAUAAGCAAGUGCGUGAUAGCUAAGCUCCCCAUCUUGAAGGUGUAUUACACCAUCGGUCUCCGAACCUAAUGCAGCUUCCUCGGAGUUUCUCCCGCUUUGUUUGCAGCAAACCUUCUAUAAUUUGACCCCUCUUAACCCCAACUAGAGCUACAGUUCCAGCUUCAAUCUCAACUUCAUAUUCACCUUCACCUUCCACUUCCACUUCCACUCCCAUUUCAACUUCUCACAAUUUCUUAUUACCAAGACAUACUCACCACAAAUUCACAACCACAAGAUUGAAAAUGGCCCUCAACCCCAAAUUCGCCGGUCAACGCCUCCUCUUCGCCCCACCCACCAGCACCGCCGGCGGUCCCCCUCCAGCCGUACACACUCUCGAGUUAUUCCUCGACUACGUGUGUCCGUUCUCCGCGAAGCAAUUCGCCACCUUCUACCACAGCGUCGUUCCCUUGAUCAAGUCGAACCCGAAAUGGGCAUCCAACCUAGAGAUUAUCCUCCGCCAGCAAGUGCAGCCAUGGCACCCGUCGUCGACGCUCGUGCACGAGGCCGCGCUCGCCGUGCAGCGGGUCGCGCCUGAGAAGUACUGGGACUUCAGCGACGCGCUGUUCAAGGCCCAGCUCGAGUACUUCGACGAAGCCGUCGUGAACGAGCCGCGGAACGGCACUUACAAGCGGCUGGCCAAGCUAGCCUCCACCGUUGGUGUGGACGAGGCUCAGGUUUACGAGUUGUUGGUUAUUGCGGACAAGGUGCCUGAGGGCGGACACGCGAACUUCGGGAACAAGAUCACGAAUGACCUGAAGCUGCAGAUCCGGUUCGGGAGGCUGGUGGGCGUGCAUGUUAGCCCGACGGUGAUUUUCGAUGGCAUUGUUGCGAAUGAUAUUAGCUCGUCGUGGACGAAGGAGCAGUGGCAGGAGUGGUUGACGAAAAGCGUUGUUUGAAUCUGUUUACUAGUACCUGGUUGCGGUGAUGUCAUUGAUGGUACGAUCGUAUCGACAGCUUAGAAACACGACCUAUGAAUUAAUGAGAUUACAUAUAAAAGAUAUAGAUCCUCUUAUGCUCAAUCGAGACUAAUUGUAUGUAUAGAUUGAUGGUUUGCAGUUAC